CGUUUGAGCUUUGACGAGGUUUCGCCUUAAAGUCAGAUCUGCUCUCUGCAAAAAGAUUCUGAAUCUGGUGGUUGGAUUGAGUUGUUUUUGGUUAUGCGUUUGUACUGUUUGUUAAAUGUACCAAAGAAAACUAGGUAAAAGAAGAAUAGCUCUGAUACUUUCUCCAUGGUUCUUUUUGCAUUCACAUUAAGAACUGGAUUUCUAUGAUGUUUGCUAUGUUCAUUAGCAAAGAAUGAUAAGAAUAAUAAUGGUAAAUAAAAUAGUUAGCCUUUAUCACCCCCUUGAAGCCUUGAUGUCUUCUAAGUACUAACUUGUGGUUAAGAGACAUGGGAUUAUUACUAUUAGAAUUAAGAUGUACCAAAAAUAUUAAAUAGCAAAAUUUGGAAAACAAAUUUGUUGAGUAUGUUACCAUUAUGUACCCAGCAAGUAUUGGUUUUUCAGGAACAUAUUUGGUACUGGUAUCAAGUAUGGGAUCCAUUUAGGAGUAGUUAUACAAUGAUAGUAGAAGUACAAGUUUGUUAUGUAUUUUAACCCUUACAGUCUUCGGUUGAGUUUACCUACUAUAGCUGCUUCUUUUUUGUUGUUGUUGUUGUUGUUAUGAUUAAUUUUAUUUUGAAUGCUUUAUCAUUUGUGAUGUAUUAGUGCGUUACUACCAUGUGAACUGUGGAACAACUAUUCUCAGCUUAUCAAUUGAUGAAUGUAUUAGUGCGUUACUACCCUAGGAAAUAUGAACUGUGGAACAACUAUACUCAGCUUAUCAAAACGACUUUAUGCAUAUUAGACCUUUUUCUAUUUUUUUUACAGGACUUAAAAGGGAAUUGCAUCUCAUUUUAUAUCUAAAUGAUAAAAAUCUAAGUUUAAAAGAAUUCUGUAUGUGGUCCUUGCAUGAUAUGAACCUUGUGCUAAUUAAUUCUGCAUCUUACAAGUGGAAAAAGAUCACCUUAACUCUGUUUUUUCCCCUCCCUUUUUUGUUUGCCUUCUCACAAGUGGAUUUUUAUUUGUAUAGGCUAGCACAUAUGAUAAAGAGGAUAAAUCUUGGUCAUCAUAUUUUUCUCAUGUUAUCCCUUCAUUUCGCUUUGGUGGAUCCACGACAAGCAACCACCAAGAUGAUCUUAACCACGUUCAAUCAAUUUCUGCUAGAUAUGAUCAAGAAAAUUUUAGAUAUCAGGAUAUUCCAAUGGAUGAAUAUGCUGAUUGUAAUGCACUUAAUACCCCAGAUCUAGUGAAAGAUGAAACUGAUGAAGAUCCUACCUCUAGAAGGAGCAGUAGCAGUUCUGAAGAUUUUGCAGAAGCAAAGGAGCAGCAAACACCAAUCGCAUCAAAAGAGCAUCCACUCAAACUUACCGAGGACUCGACUUUUAUUUCUUAUGAUUUGUAUGAAUUUUUUGAAUCAUGCAUACCUAACAUUGUAAAAGGAUGUCACUGGGUCUUAGUUUNCAGUACUUUGAAACAUGGAACAUCACUUCGCACACUUAUUCGCAAGAGUGCUGAACUCUCUGGUCCUGGUUUGCUGAUUGUUGGAGAUCGGCAAGGUGCUGUCUUUGGUGGGCUGCUAGACUGUCCAUUGAAACCUACAGCAAAGCGAAAAUAUCAAGGAACAAAUCAAACUUUUGUCUUUACUACUAUAUAUGGUGAGCCAAGGUUGUUUCGGCCAACUGGUGCCAAUCGGUACUACUACAUGUGUUUGAAUGAUUUGCUUGCACUUGGUGGUGGGGGUAAUUAUGCCUUAUGCUUACAUGAAGAUUUGUUAACUGGAACUAGUGGAACUUGUGAUACAUUCGGGAACAAAUGUCUUGCUCAUAGUCCAGAGUUUGAUUUAAAAGAUGUUGAGCUAUGGGGUUUUACACAUGAUUCACCUCGACCGUAAGACGGUUCUAUAUGGAUGUCCAAAAAUAUUCCCCCUUUCCCUCCCUCCUUUUCUUCCAAACCCUUAUCUUUUUUAUAGUUUGCGAUAUAGUUCAGUAGUUAGAUCUUAGUGUCCUGAGUUUGUUAAAGGUGAUUUCUUGCCCCCCUAGUGAUUGACCAACUUGAUAUGAUGUUAGGUAUGUCCUUAAGUUGUUACUAGUAGAUUGUGUCAAUGUAUGCUUGAAAAUUCCAUUUUGCAAAAGAAAAUAUUUGGGUUUGUGGAAACUGGACAGGUCAAAGAAUGAAGGUUGUAGAGUAGAAUGUAAUGGAUGAAUCUACACACACAACUACUAAGAAGCAAACUAGGUGUAUCGAUGGUAAGUUUAUCUAGAAAAAUGACAAGGCAAUUCAAUUUUGUGGAUGUAAAGUAGUUAAUAAAAUUCAGAUUAUUAAAAGACAAAUGAAAAAGGUAAUUCAUAUA